AUGUCUCCAAGUACCAUCGAUGAUCUUAGGUCCACCGGCAGGGCGCUUAACCACGGCGACACCAGGCCAGUGCAAUAUUCGCAUUGUGAUGUGCUCGUUGUUGGCGCAGGUCCGAGCGGCUUGAUGAUCGCCCAAGCCCUUGGUCGUCUUGGAAUCCAAGUUAGAGUAAUUGAACGCAGAGUCCAAGGUUCGCAGUACGGAAACGCGGAUGGCUUACAACCCCGUACUUUGGAAAUUUGGAAAAGCUAUGGCAUGCUCAGCAAAAUUCGUGCCAAGGGAGUCUGCGUUCGAGCUAUGGUUGCGUACGAAACUGUCUCGAACGGUGGUGGGCUGUCUCGACUGCGUCCUUCUAGCAGCAUAGUAGUCCCUUGCCGAUACCAGUACGAGAUCGCCGCAUCAAUAAAUGACAUUGAAGGAACACUCCGCGAAAAUGCAGAUGAGGCAGGCGUACAAGUUACACAACCGUGUUGGCCCACAUCUGUCCAUGUCGCCCCAGAUGUCGAUUCGGCGCUCUCUGUUAAGGGGUAUCCCAUCAAGGUGGUAAUCGAACAUCCGAGUAAUUGCUGUCAAUACCACACUGGGAGGGUCAGACAUCAGGCGCAGGAGAACAACACAAACAGGUAUUAUAAUGCAUGUACCUGUAACCAGGACUCAGAAGCCCAGGGACGAGUGGAAAUCGUCAAUGCCAAAUAUGUUAUAGGCGCAGAUGGUGCAUCGUCGUGGGUAAGAAGGUCACUUGGUAUAGAUAUGGAAGGUGAACAGACUGAGGAUGUAUGGGGAGUGGUAGACGUACUGGUUGACACCGAUCUCCCCGACUACCGAUUCAAGUGCGUUAUCCAAGCUGCUUCAGGAGCGAUUAUCAUAAUUCCCCGGGAAGGUGAUAAGGUUCGAAUAUAUGUACAGCUCUCGGCUGAAGACAGCAUUCCACGCGACGUGGAUGGAGAGCUGGAUAAGUCCAAUCUUGAAGAAGGAGAGAUUCGCCAGAAGAUAUUAUUAAAUCGCAUCUUCAUUGUUGGUGAUGCUUGCCACACCCACUCGCCGAAGGCCGGACAAGGUGCCAAUGCAUCUAUGGGAGAUUCUCAUAACCUAGGCGAGUUACUUCCUUCCAGACCACUUGUCAUUGAAUUUAAUAUGAAUCGCGGAAUAGGGAUUAGCUAUGCGUCGUCAUCUUUGACAGUUCAACCAGCCACCGCAAUUGGACAUAUCGUCCCAGGAGAACGCAUCCUUUCAUCACCAAUAACACGCCUAGCGGAUUGGGCCGAUCGUAACAUUCAUGACCUGCUAAUUUCAGAUGGAACGUUCAAGAUGCUUGUGUUCCCAGGAGACAUAUCGUCGCCACAGUCGAAAUCACGGCUGUCGAUCUUCGCAAAGGCGUUGAGCGAGUCUAUUUCGAUGAAAGAGAUUGAUUCACGCGAAGGCCUCCGUAUAGAUAUCUACACGAUUGUUAGGAACGACAAGGCGGAGGUGAUUUGGACGGAUAUACCUGCUUUUAUUGCCCGAUCAUGGAGAAGGUGA